GGAGCCAUAAAGAGGGGCAGUCGAGUCGGUCUCCCCCACCAUCUCUGUUUACUCUGACAAAAGGAAAGAAGAGUAUGUGUGAGAGAGACAGAGCGCGUGACCAGUGACCACCCCGUCCUCUCCAAUCCCUCUUUCCGAGAACUCAGACCUCAAGGACAUGGACGACCUCCACCACCACCACCAAUCUAUUCCUCCUCCGCCUCUCACCGGCUUCUCCUGGGAACCACCACUGCAGGACGCAAGCGGAAUCACCGCGGAGGAGCUUAAAGAGGCGCUCCUCCGCACCACGCUGGAGCUCGAGUCCACCCGAAUCGCCGCCCACGAGGAGCUCCGGCGAAUGGAAUCCCAUGCCCUCCAUCUAACCCACCUCCUAGAGAUCGCCACCCGCGAGCGCGACGAGGCCCGCGCUCUCCUUCUCGUCCUCCUCAUGGACCGUAAUAUCCAUCUCGCAUCAAAUUCCAAUCGUGCCGCCCAUUUGGACGAGGCGAGCAACGCGGCGGCGGCGGCGGCGGUGGCGGGAGUAUUGUCGCCGCCGCCAUCGUCGUCGGAUGGGGGAGGAGUGGAGGAAGAGAGGAGCAACGGGACGUCGUCGUCGGCGGGGAUGGCGGCGGUGGAGGCGGCGGCGCUGCGGCGGGGGCUGCCGGAGAAGGGGCGGCUGCUGGAGGCUGUGGUGGCGGCUGGACCGCUGCUCCAGACGCUGCUGCUGGCGGGUCCGCUGCCGCGGUGGCGCCACCCGCCGCCGGCGCUUCAGACCUUCGAGAUCCCUCCCGUCUCCAUGGGCCUUCUCAACACGGGCAUCAACCCCGUCGCCAGGAGAGAGAGGGAGGAAGUGGAUACGACGACGACGAUGGGGUUCGGCGCGGAGCGGUCGCCGUCGCUGCCGAAUUCUUCGACGUCGUCGCCGGAAACCGAAUGCAAUAGCAGCGGCUUUUCCGAGCACCGGAGGAUCAGCUCUUUCCCCCUCUGAUUCUCCUUUUCUUUUUAUUACUUUCACUUUUUUAUGCUGUUGGUUUGGUUACGUGCUUAGUACUUCUCUUGUCAUGCUAAUUACUACUAAAACUGUAUUAUUAUUACUAUUAUUAUUAUUAUUAUUAUUAUUAUUAUUAGUUUGUUAACGAUAUAUAAAUGCAUGUAAUAAUAGUAAUAUAUGAUGAUAUUGAGAGUGAAAUUUCUGAUAACAAAAGUGGACAUGAGUGGAUUACUGUAGAUGAGUAUCAGGAUACAUUCAUAUCGCGGUUUCAUUCUUUGAUUAUUUCGAGGUACCAAUCAUGUGGGUCCAUCAAAGCUUAAUAGUGCUAUUUUUUUUUUUUUGAUAACGAUAUAGUGCUAUUAUUAUCAGAAAAAAUAUUGAUUACAACUGUUCUUCCACGUAUAUUUUGGACAAUCUAAUAAAAAAUUGCUACAUCAUUCUAAAAAUUUCUCUUUUUACCUACUUCAGAUCCCAUUUCAAGUACUCUUGGAGAUGCUGCGCAGCUUUUGUUUGUUGUCAGAGAGAGAGAAUUUUUUAGGUUUAUUGAUAUGAACUGAGACAACAACCAAUACGGUAGCGCAGCUUUUAAUUUCUCAGUUAUUAUCUUAAAGAGGAAUUAUGGUUGUUAAAUGAUUAGAUCGGCAUCUGGUUUUAUGCAAGCUAAGCUGUUAUUCGAA